AUGGUUAAUGCUGAAUUAUUUGCCGUUAAUACUCAUUAUAUAAAAUCAGUUAAAAUUGCCCUCGAGGAAGAAAUCAUUUCAGUGUUAUUUGCUGUGUGCAUUGUUGCUCACAAGAUAUUAUUAUCACAGCAUGUGCUUCUCGAACUGGAUGCGCUACUAAAAAGAGCGGUUCGGUUAGAAUGGUGUAGUUUAUUGAUUCGACGAAUGAGUUCGAUCACUGCUGUUCAGCGAGUGGCACCAAAAUUUUUGGGUAACAUUGGUGACCAACAUAUAGAUUUAUUGCGUUUAUUCCAGUUGGUCGAUUUUCCGCCAUAUUCAAAUUAUUUAUUCUUUGAUGAUUAUACUGAUAGAGGUCGAUCAAGUCUUGAAUUUUCUUAA